AUGACCCCGAUUACCCCGUUGGAGUCGGGCGUAGAGCACCUGGGCAUGUACCAGAGGGGCAAGUCGUCCCUCUUUGUCCAUACCGCGAUCGCCGGAGCCCGUAGUUCGCUCGAACGUCCUGUGUCGGUGGUGAGCGAGGCAUACACCGAUAUCGAGGACGACUCGAGUGAAUUCGAGGAGUAUAGUUUGGGUUCCAAUACCGAGAACCGCAGGAGCCAAACGACAAUCUCCACUCUCGAGGAAGUCAGGACGCCAAGCGAUGAAUUGCGCCCACAGUGGAUUAUAGCUAACGACUGGCACCUUCCAAAGCCCGUGGAAGGACCCAAAGGACCUCAUCUAUUCCGUGCUUCCCACUCGUCCAACGAUUUCGACUUUGCCCUCCAACUUUCGCCCCUUCUUCCCAAGGAGCCCCCUGCCCGAUUGGACACUGCUUUCCGUGAAGCGACCCCUGAGACCAUUGUGCCCCAGAGAGAGUACAACAACAUUGCCUCUGCGGUAGCUCACCUGGACACCACCGAAGUGCGUGCAUGGACCGCCCGCGAUGUGGCCACUUGGAUGUACCAGAAUGGUUUCGAUUCCGACAUCAUCGACCGUUUUGAAGCUCACGACAUCACUGGCGCUGUGCUACUUGAUCUCCAGUUUGAGGACCUCAAGGAGCUAGAGAUUCAGUCUUUCGGAAAGCGUCACCAACUCUGGAACCAGAUCGACUCGCUCCGGACCGAGGGUCUCCUUUCUCCUGCGGCUCCGGCACCAACCCCCUUCGAAGACAUCAGCCGGCCUUGCACGGGCGCGAGGGACCGAUCGAAGAGCAAGAACCGUGAGAGACGUCACCGUGACAAGUCACGAGGUGGGAACGAUUGUGACGGGGAUGAGCUGGUUACCCCUGGUGGUGCUCGAAGACGAGGCAGAAGACAGCACCGCGCUGGGGCCGACGUGAUCACACCGGCUGAGUCUGUCUCCAUUGUGGCCAUCGAGCAGCUACUACCGAAACCUCACAAGUGCGCAAAAGGGGAAAGAUGUGCCAAGUGGAGGAAACAACAGCGCCAGCUUGCCAGGCUCCAGGAGGAGCAUGGCUUCCCCAUUUCACCAGAGAAAGGCGGCCACAUCUUCAUUGCCGGUGACCCAGGGAACCCGCAAACUGCGCAGCGCGCUGUCGAUAAUGUAUACCGUCCAGCUUCGGAUGCCAUCCCCUCGGUUGUCGCCUCGUCUGACCUGCUCGGCCCUGGCCAGCUCCCCGAAUUCUCGCUCGAGGAAGAUAAGCUGAAGAGCUUAGAGCACCGCGAUCCGCAGGACAAUGUCCGUCAGUUCCUCGCGCUCCAAGGGCUUCAGCAACCUUUCGCAUCUGCAACGCCCAUCGAAGCCCCUCCGACUCCGCCCGUCGAGAUGUUCCCGAACCGUUUCACUACCGUUCCGUCGUACCAGCAGCAACAGAAUUCCUCCUUCUCGGCGUCCACCUCGGCUCACACAUCAGCGUCGUUUGAGCCAGCUGCCCUUCCCGCACCUGCGCUUCACCCAGCCGAGUAUAUACCUGCUCCACACUACAAUCUCAAGAGUCUCCCAAAGCUCGCCAUCCCACCACCUCCUCGUUCGAUGUCAGCUGGACCAUGUGGUGGUUCUCGCAGUGCGGCACCUACCCCUCAAAUGGCGCCCGACACGGCAUUCUCGCCCUGUCGCACGGCAUCGCCCGGCGGCCUGUACCGAUUCGGGACGCCCUUCUCCGAGAUGGACGUUCCCGUAACCGCCGUCCCAACGGGGCCCGUCGCACGUGACGCCAGCCAGUCGGUUCCACCAAACAUGCAGUACCGCGACCCGAUCCAGCGCACCGGUUCCACGCGUGACUGGCGCCGUCCCUCGCUGCCGCUUCCCGCGCUCAACGAGGACCAGGUCUACGAGCCGGCACAGCACCAGUUUGACGACACGGAUACGCUUCACGAAACCCAAUUCUCUGGCGAGAACAGCGCAGUCUCCUCCCCCAUCAGGACGAUGAAGUCGCAAAACGUGCCGGGGAAGGGCGGCUUCGUGUAUCAAAACGUCAACCACCACGGCUGGAUGAAGAAGCGCCGCACCAAGCUCCUCCGGCAUGAGUGGCAGGACCACCACUUCCGUCUCCAGGGCACGACGCUCGCCAUGCAUCCCAACGAGCUGCCUUCGUCGUCUCCCUUGCAGACCAUCGACGUAGACGAUUACGCCGUCGCCUGCUCAUCCAUUGCGUCGAACAAGCUCUCCGCUAAGCUGAAGGCGCUGAAAAUCAACAAGGAGCAUAAGGAGCAGGCACCUGUGUAUGAAUUCCAGCUCGUGCCCACGGUGCCAACCGGCAAGGGGGACGUGAAGAAGGUCACCCCACAUGGCAAGAUGCACCACUUUGCAGCCAAGACCAAGGAUGAGAGGAUCGAUUGGAUGAGAGAGCUGAUGCUCGCCAAGGCGAUCAAAGCGAAAGGAGAUGGGUACGAGGUUAAUGUUAAUGGAGCGGAUGUGUGA